AUGAGCAGCACUAACUUUGUCAUACGAGAAAUAUGCGAGAAUCCACAGGAUGGCGACUUCAUUCUUGCCGCGUUCGAUGCUGCUCUGCCACAUCUCGCAUCCACGGGGAGUAGUGGGCAAUGGGGCUCGCAGCCAUUCUCGGAAAGAAGCGGUUCCCAUAAGCGAGUACACGAUUGGGUCGCUGCAUCAGAAGCGUUUCGGUUGGGUAGGGAGGGCAGUGCAGCAAUGCGAUUGUUUAUUGCCGAGGUAGAGAUACAUGAUGAUAGCGAUCUCGAUUUGGCGGGCUUGUCCGUUCGACGUGAUGCACACGGCAAACGUUUCCUCUCGGUUGCUGCUGCAACAGUACGGGAGCACUGGUGGCCUGGAUAUAUCGAGAAAUUUGAAGAGCUGAAGCCCAUCGUUGACGAGGCGAAUGCGCGGGGAGCUUCGUUCUACCUCGAAGCCCUAAUUUCGGACUUCAGAACAGGUAAAGCACGAAAAGGAGCGGGUCGCGCAUUGAUGCAAGCGAUUCGAGAUUACUCUAUAUCGAGGGGAGCCAAGGAACUAUUCCUAGACUGCUGGGCUGGAAAUAGCGGAAACUUGGUGAAAUUCUACGUAGCCAAUGGCUUUACUCCAGUAGCCGACUUCUUAGGCAAGCAAGAUAAUAAGGAGGAUUGGCCUGGAAAGCUGUUGCGACUGCAGCUUGGCUAA